CUUGCUGGCUGUGUACAAAGAAUAAUCAUAAUCUGACCCAAUCUAUCAUUAGGAAACAAUAUAGAAAUGCUCCGAAGCAUGGUUCUGUACAAUAUGUUUCUCAUGUUGAGCAGCUUAUCGAUCAAUUCACUACUUGCUUGUGACAUUCUUGAUGACAAUACCAGGGCCCCAGGAGAUAUCAUCAUUGGUGGUCUUUUCUCAUUACAUGAAAAGAUUAUAAGUCUCAAAAAACCAGAGAGUCUAAAAUGUGCAGGGUAUGACGUGCGAGGAUUGGUAAAAACCAUUGCCUUGAUCCACUCUAUAGAGAUGAUAAAUAAUUCGACUCUGUUGCCUGGAAUCAAACUGGGAUAUGAAAUUUAUGACACUUGCACGGACCCUACAAAGGCACUGAAAGCAACCUUGAGAUUCCUUUCUAAAUCCAACUCUACAGACAACUGUGUCAAAGUUCAGUGUAAUUAUACAGAUUAUGAGCCAACAGUAAAGGCAGUUAUAGGAGCUACUACCUCAGAAGUUAGCAUCGCUGUUGCAAGGUUGUUAAACAUCCAACUUAUGCCUCAGAUCAGCUACUCAGCUUCUGCUAAAAUCCUUAGUGACAAGGCUCGAUUUCCUGCUUUUUUAAGAACUAUUCCAAGUGAUGGCUAUCAAACCAAAGCCAUGGUCAAGCUGGUUCAAAAAUUCCAGUGGAACUGGGUGGGAACUAUUGCAAGUGAUGAUGAAUACAGCCGGUCUGGAAUAGACAACUUUAUUACCCAAGCAGAGAGCUUGGGUAUAUGCAUUGCUUUUCAAGAAGUUAUUCCAUUUUAUUCAUCAAUUCAAAUAACUAAUUCCAGAAUAAAAGAAAUAGCAAACAUUAUCAUCAACCGAACAAGAGUGAACGCCAUUGUUAUUUUUGGAAAAGGUUCUCAUGUCAUUGAACUGUUUAGAAUAUUAGGCACUCACAACAUAAGCAAAGUUUGGAUUGCCAGUGACAGCUGGUCAACCAACAGUCACAUUACUCACUUGGAGAACAUUCAAAACAUUGGGGAUAUUGUUGGAUUUACAUUUAAGAGUGGAAAUAUUUCCAAGUUUCAAAACUAUUUGAAAAAAUUACCAGUUAAUGCUAAAAAUUUUAACACAUUUUUAGCAGAGUACUACAGGCUUCGAAUGCUUUGUGCAAAUGUUCAAAAUGAUGAGCUAGAGAUGUGUAUUUCAAACAAUACGCAUCAUGUGGAGGUUGAUAAACAAGCUGCCAAUAAAGCCAUGGAAAUACAGCACCAGGAAGAUGAUUUUCUGGUGAAUAAUAUUGAACCAGGUGUCAUUUCCAACAUACAGUGGUCGGUGACUGCUCUUGCUCAUGCUCUUCGAAAUCUACUAAAGUGUAAUGAAGGAAUUUGCUGGAAAUCGUUUGAUUUUGCACCUUGGAAGUUGUUGGAAGAGCUGAAGAAAGUCAACCUGACUGAUGAAGGAACCAGGAUCCAAUUUGAUCCUUCAGGAGAUUUUAUGUCUGGAUAUGAUAUUGUCAUAUGGAAAUUUAUCAGAGGCAAAAUGGAGUUUAAUCACAUAGUUGCUGAAUAUAAUAUAAAGGAGGAUAAUAUUAGAGUUAAAGAUUCAAGGUUGAAUAAUUUAGAGGUUAUCACAUCUAAUUGCUCAAACCAGUGUCAACCAGGGCAAAUAAAGUUGUCAUCUGAAAGCCAGCACACAUGUUGCUACAGUUGUGCAAAUUGCAGUUCCAAUACAUACUCUGAAACAAGUGAUGCACUGCAAUGUUAUCCUUGUCUAGCAGAUGAGUGGGCACCGAGUGGAAGUGCAAGUUGCCACAAAAAACGCAAUGUAUUUCUUGACUGGGGGAAUGGAUUUUCUAUUGUACUGCUAACUCUUUCGGCCUCUGGAAUUGUUUUGAUCAUUGUAAUAGCAGUUAUCUUUACUAAGAAUGUCAACACACCAGCUGUUAAAUCCAAUGGUGGUACCAUGUCUUUCAUUAUGCUCACCUCUUUAUUACUCAGUUUUUUAAGUGUUGGGUUUUUCAUUGGAAAACCAAAUGAUACUACUUGCAGAAGCAGGCAGUGCUUAUUUGGCAUCAGCUUUACUCUUGCUGUUUCAUGUGCUCUGGCAAAAUCACUUAAAAUACUACUAGCAUUCAACUUUAACCCAGCGAAUCAAAAUCAGUUGAAGAAUUUGUACAAUUCCGGGCUCAUCACAGGUUUCUGCACUGGACUUCAGGUUGUCAUUUGCACAAUGUGGUUGGUUUUUAAUGGCCCAAGAGUUAACAAGGAUGUCAGCAGAUUGCAAAAGGAAAUUUUGGUGGAGUGUAGUGAGGGCUCUUAUGUAGCAUAUGCUGUUAUGUUAGGGUAUAUAGCAUUCCUUGCACUGAUUUGUUUUACAUUUGCCUUUAAAGGUAGAAAGUUGCCAGAAAACUACAAUGAGGCCAAGUUUAUUACAUUUAGCAUGUUGAUUUACUUCAUUUCAUGGAUUACAUUUGUACCUGUUUAUGUAACCACUCAUGGCCUGUAUCUCCCAGCAGUGGAAGUAGUUGCAAUUUUAUCUUCAACUUAUGGGAUAUUAUGCUGCCAAUUUUUCCCAAAGUGUUAUAUUAUUCUGUUUAAGAAAGAAUGUAACACUACCACCUCAUUUUUGAAAAAUCUCUUUGACUAUUCACUGAAAAGCACAAACAUUGUAACAAACAGUCAAUUUUCACGAAACCAUUCAGUACAUGCCAGAUCUUGCAAGUCCAUCAAAAAUAACAACAGUCACAAUACAUUAAGCAUCACUUCUGAUUCUUCUGUACAAAGCAACAGAAUCACUGGUGUUUCAAGGAAAAGAUGUUCUAGUUGGUAAAUGCUUAAAUGAUAAAAACGAUUUGCACUCAGAAUAGUCACUUCAUAUUGAAGGUAUUUUAGGUUUGAAUCUACGUUAUGGCCAGUUUAAUUCUGCCCACUAUAAUGCUAAUGCGCUUUGUAAUUUUUUGAUCUCGGUUGCCAAAUGAGAUGGCUCAGAAUAACAAAGGAUUGUACUUUUGUGGUAAGCCAGAGACUGACUUUCCCACAUCACAAAUAUAACACUUCAGUCCAAGAUGGAAGUCUAUUACUCAUUGACAGAAGCACAAAGUCAUUUAUUACCCAUACAGCUAUCCUUUCUGAUGAGGACGUAAUGCAUACAAUUAAUGAUCAAGGUUAGAGAUGGGAUGACUGUGAUGCCAAUUGAUCUUUGCUACCUUUUUUGCAAUAAAAUCUCUGAAUCUUGAAUCAUCACUGGAUAUCAGAGAAAUUACAUAAUGUGAAUCUACACAAUGUAAAUUUCCUGAUACGUUAAUUUUAUAUAAUUUCCAAUUUCAAACAAUAACUCCUAAGAAAUUCUUUCUCAAGAAAAUUAUGGAAAAUAGUUUUUUUUGUAUUAAUAUCUCCCAUUCUUCAUUUUCCUUUCCUUACACCAUCACAUAAAAACCAUCACCAAAUGCCCUGCAGCAAAACAAUAAGGCUCACCAGAGUCCUUUCAGGAAUGCCAAAGAUAUGCCACCAUCACCCAAAACUCAAGAACAAAGAAUAAGGUAUCAUCUCACAUCUUAGAUCCUCUUAUUCCAUGACAUGGGUGCUGUUCAGCAGCCUGUUUUCUGGCCUCUCAAAGUGCUGCACUGUGUUCAUUCCUGAGGAGAUUCUGAUGAGCAGAUUCUGGAGUGAAUCAGCAGCUGAUUCUCCAUGUUGAUUACUCUGUUUGAAAGUACCAGAUGAUAAACUCAGUAUGUAAGGAAACCUUGCAGAUGAUCUUAAAGUCUAACAUCAAAUUGUAUCACCAGAUUGAUCCACAGCUUGUAGUUUGGUGAUUAUACUAUACAAAGAGAAGCUUCUCAGUGUAAUGUUUAAAAUAGUUCACCUCUGGCAAUAUGGCAAAAACACAUUGGGCUGAGUAGACCAGUAAAUUAAAAACCGUAAAGAAAUGGGUAAAUUACCACAGCCGAUCAGACACCAAUCAAAACUACUUUUAAAUUAAUAUUCUGUGAGUUCUGUUUUUGGUAAUGUAUAUAUAUAUAUAUAUAAAUACUGAAUAUUUCGAUCUUGAAAUUUACAUUUGUGAAAUUACAAAUCAUAGCAUUUUUACUCAAUAGAAAUUGUAAUCUCCUUAUUAAUAUUGUCCCUAGGUGUAGUCUCUCAAAUAUCUCUUAUAACUGUACAGACAAAAAUGCUUGCCACUAACAACAGACAAAACUAAUGUACACGUGGACUACACAAGACCCAUACUAUUCAAAAUAUUAUUUAUACCUCUAGCCACUAGCAACUUGGAAUCAUCUUAGUACUAAGUAACUUGAUUAUUAUAGAUCACAGCUGUGUAUGUAAUGCUACAUUUUUAUUGAUAUAUUUCAAUUUUACUUCUUAAAGGUAAAGGGGAAUAUACAAAUAUCUCAGAAUAAUAUGUACAAAUGUAAUACAUUAUUAUUUUUUGAAUGCAUUGCAAAUUAUUGUUUAAAUAAACCUAAGAUCAAAUUA